AUGACCUCUCUCUCUAGCCUUCCAUCAGGUCCACUUCGUUUAUCCACUUCUUCAAAACCAAUCAACACUUUCUCUCUUAAAUAUCCGGCUUCUCAUCCAUCCGACUUAUCCACCGCUGGUGCUGCUCUCUCUUCUACCGCUUCUGGUGAUAUCUCUCUACGAAUCGCUCCAGGGGCUCAUCCCGGUGAAGCACGUGGUCGAAGAUGGGCCGGAAAGACGACUAGACCUACGGGUGAUGUGGAAUGUGCUAUCGUUUGGGAUCCUACUCAGAAUUGUUGGACGCUUCAUCGAAUCGAUAAUGUGGUCCAGUUGGCUCAUGACGAUCCUCAACCGUUACCCAGAAAGCCAACUACGACGAUUCCAGCAGCCACCAGAGCAGCUCCACUGGCUCUUCCCAAACCCGCUCGCCCAGCUCCACCUCCACCUGUGAUCUCUCAAGUUUCAAGGGAACCUUCUGCGGUGGUGAACCAACCCAUCAUUAUCUCUAGUUCAUCAGUCCCAAGCUCGAGUAAAGCUGACAGCAAAUCAUCUCAGCCAACACCUCCGAACCAUCAGCGUGAACUUUCGGGUCGGUCAAUGGCCACUGAUCCGAGUACCAGUCGACAAAGUUCACUUGACUCCUCCUCAUCCAAAUCUGCUGCUGAUCAACACCACGGAUUAGCGUUGCCUUUGAAAAAGACUGUUCAGCCACUCUCUCAUCUUCCCCAAACCACGGCUCAUCGGAUCACGAACCAUUCGACGACCUCUACGAUUUCUUCACCAGGAGAUCAAGGUCCGAUUCGUGUGGUACAAGCAGAAGAGAUUGAAGAGUUUGAUUUUGCUGAUAGUUCACCGGAUCGAGCUCCUCUUCAGCCGAUCAUUGCAGCUUCUCCUCUGACAUUACCGAGUCCAGGAGUAGGCCAAGGAUCGCGUUCGGGCCAUUCUCAUCCUCACACGAACUUUAGUCCAGUGGGACGACCUAGCUUGAGUCGCUCACCCUCAUUGGUGGAGACGGGAACGGCAUGCUCUCCUUUGGCUCGACCGAAUGCUAGCCAAGGCUUGGCUUUACCGACUCGCUCAGCCGGUCAUCGUGCUACUGCACCCUCUCCUGCGUACCAAAUCAAUGGAAUCGCACCACGUUCAUCAGCUGCAGUGGCUCACAACCAACCCACUGCGCCAAGUCCACUCCAAAGCGUGGCAUACUCUUCAAGUUCUUCACCCACUGAUCCAGUGCAAGGAGCACCUACACCCCCAGUCGUAGGUAUCUCGCCUGCUUCACUCAAUGCUGGCACCACUAGUAGUGCUACUGCUCUACGGGCUCCGCUGAACAGACCGGUACCGGGCCAAUCACCUGCAUGGCAACAAUACAACCAUCAUCUCCAACACGCUUCUAAUCCAGCUUCACCACAUCAUCUUUCUAACCGAUCCCCAGCUCCAUUGACGAACCAAAACCUAAGUCAACAAACCGGUUCGAUGCCUACCCGAACGUAUCAUCGAAGUGAUUCUGGAAGUUCGGUACGCGAAAGUGAUUCGUCAUCUGACGAAGAAAGUUCGGAAGAAGAAGUAGAAGAAGUGGAACCCAUCAACUCAGUAGUCCCACUGCCAACGGUUGUUGCAAGCUCUCAUCCUACUGUUGGGACUGGAGCGGUACCUAACUCUGAGGAUGAUGCAGAAGCUGAUGAGGAUGAUGAAGAGGAUGAUGCCGAGUUUGAAAACAUGGCCACCGAACUUGAAGCUAGUAUGCUGAUUCGUGAUUACUAUGGACCAGGAGCAGAAGAACCCAAGGGUUUGGAAGAGACGGUUCCUGCCACGGUAGUAGUUGCUCCCAAGGCUAAAGCUACUAAGAAGAAGGGAACUGGAACGGGUAAUAAGUCGGGAGGCGGAGGCCAUCGGAAAACGAGUGCUGCUGGUGCUGGUAAUGGGAAGUCGGGAGGAGGGGGAGGAGGGGGGAAAGGGAAGUCUAAGGAAAAAGGAAAGAAUUGA